AAAGACGGAGUUCGUAUUGUCGGAGGUAAUGAUUACCUUAAACCUGAUCUUCUCUCUCUAGUUUCCAUGGAAGAUGCUCCUGAACAUGCCUUUAUGUCCUUUAUUGUCAUUACCUUUAUGAAUUCACUAGAUCAAUUUGCAAAGCUUGGUUUUGGCAAGGUUGAGAACAUGCUGUCCAAAUAUCAAGAAAUGACAUUGUUCCAAUCAGUUUAUGUUCAUAGUCGGAGUACUCCACCACUUUAUCUUACGGUUGUCGGUACGAGUACAUGUGAUCUUGGUGCAUUAACUACAUUAGAAGUGCCUUUACGUCCAUUGUUGGGUCAUCUUGCAUUGAAAGCCGCGGAAAAACUGGAUGAAGAGGCUAUGCUUAUGCGCAAUGAUACCACAGGACGCUUCUAUACUAUUGGAAAUUAA